AUGGGUAAAGCUCAGAAGAAACACGGAAAAGGUCGUUUAGAUAAAUACUACCGAACGGCCAAGGAGAAGGGUUAUCGUGCUCGUUCUUCGUUCAAAAUCAUUCAAAUUAACGACAAGUUUGGUCACUUUUUAGAAAAGUCACGAUGCGUUAUUGACUUGUGUGCUGCCCCUGGUUCAUGGUGUCAGGUUGCUGCCGAGAGAUGCCCUGCAAAUUCACUUAUUAUUGGUGUCGAUUUGGAUCGCAUCAAACCUAUUCCUAACGUCAUUACUUUCCAGUCAGAUAUCACCACUGAGCACUGCAGAUCCGAGCUCCGUGCUUAUAUGAAGACUUGGAAGGCCGAUGCUGUUUUACACGAUGGUGCUCCUAACGUCGGUAAGGACUGGUCUCAGGAUGCAUUCACCCAGUCCGAGCUUGUGUUGCAAUCUUUGAAACUGGCUAUUGAGUUUUUGAGACCCAAUGGUAUUUUUGUCACCAAGGUUUUCAGAUCUAAGGAUUACAACAAGCUUAUGUGGAUUUUCCAGCAGUUUUUUGAAAAGGUUGAAGCCACCAAGCCUCCUUCUUCAAGAAAUGUUUCUGCUGAAAUUUUCGUUGUUUGCCGCAACUUUAAGGCCCCCAAGAAAAUCGAUCCCAAGCUUCUUGAUUCCUCCUAUGUCUUUGAGGAUAUCCAGCAAGUUAACAAUGAGAGUUUUGAGAAGCUUUUGAAUCCUGAGAAAAAGAAGCGCAAGCGUGAAGGUUACGAGGAGGGCGACUACACACAGUUUCACGAUGUUUCUGUGAUGGAAUACAUUAAGACCAAAGAUCCUGUUCAACUGUUAGGCACCAAGAGUGCUUUUUCUUUUGACAAGAAAGAUCCUGAGCUGAAACCAGUUCGUGAUCUUGAAUCAACCACUCCUGAGUUGCUGGAGUGCAUGAAGGAUUUGAAGGUUCUUGGUCGACGAGAGUUCCGUCUACUUCUUAAGUGGAGAAAGGAGGCCAGAAAGGCAAUUGGUCUUGACGCUAAGCCUGAGGAUGAGGAGGCCAAGGCAGAAGAGCCUGAGGUUGAUGAGGAAACCCGCAUCGAUAAUGAGCUGGAAAAUCUUAAGGAGAAGGCCCAACAAAAGCAAAAACGCGAGAAGCGAAAGCUGAAUGAGAAGAAGCAAAAGGAAAUUGUCAAGAUGCAACUCGACAUGGUUUCUGAUAUGCGUAUGGGUACAGAAGUUGAUGAUCAGGGCAAGUCUCUUUUCGAUUUAACUGCAGCUGAAAGAACAGGAAAGAUCCCAACACUGUUAAAGGGAAAGAAGGCUCUGCUGGACUCAGAGGAGACCCGUGAUGACUUGGAGGUUGCCGGUAUUGAAAAAGCCAGUGACCUUGCUCAGUUCCAAUACGACGAUCGAUCCGACGCUGAGGUUGUGGACGAUAUGGAGGAUGAGAUGGAUGCUAUGUACGAGGAGUUUAAGGAACGUCAGGCACAAAAGAGCUCAGCUUAUAGAUCUAAAAAGGCUAGAGAAUCUGGUUAUGAUGAGGAGUGGUACGGUAUUAAGGAAAAUGGCAGCGAUGAUGAUGAUGACGAUAAAGAUGGUGUGAGACUUGAGGAUGACUCUGAUGAAGAAGACUUUGAGUCUGAUGAAGAGGGUUACUCUAAGAAUAUUAUCAAUACUUUAAAACCAAAGACUACUGCAAGCGGUUUGAGUAGCAAAGCUGCACUGUUUUUCACUGAUCCUUUGUUUAGAGAUGUUGAUUUGACUGCGUCUUCAGAAGCUCCUUCUAAAAAGACAAGCUCCAAGGGUGGAGAUGAAGACCAGGAGGAUGAUGAUGAUGAGGGUCAAGAGCAAGGAGAGCAAGAAGAUGAUGAGGAGAGUGAAGAUGAGAUUGACUAUCUUUCUGAUAGCGAUGAUGAAAAAGAUCAAGAAGGAAAGGAAUGGGAUGAAGGUGAUGAAGAAGAGGGGUCUCCUGCUCCUGAAAUCGUUACUGCCCAGGCCAUGACUAUUGCUCAUGAUCUUGCAUUGGGCAACAUCAACAAGCAUAGACUUAUUGAUGAGGGUUUCAACAGAUAUGCAUUCCGUGACAGAGAUGGUCUGCCAGAGUGGUUCCUUGAGGAUGAGGAGAAACACAACCGAGUUCUCAAGCCUGUGACUAAAGAGGCUGCGGAAGCUGUCAAGGCCAAGCUCAAGGCUCUGAAUGCACGACCCAUCAAGAAGAUUGCUGAGGCUAAGGCCCGCAAGCAAAUGCGACGCGUCAAGCGUCUGGAGAAGCUGCGCAAGAAGACUGAUCUUAUUAAUGAGGAUGACGCAUUGUCUGAACGUGAUAAGGCUGACGAGAUUUCCAAGCUGACCAAGAAGCUGGCUACUUCUAAAAAGAACAAGAAGUCUGAUAAGCCUAAGGUUAAACUUGUUGUGGCCAAGGGUGGUAACCGUGGUCUCAAGGGCCGACCUAAGGGUAUCAAGGGCAAGUAUAAGAUGGUGGAUGGUACACUCAAGAAGGAGCAGCGUGCACUGAAGCGUAUUCAGAAGAGCCGCAAGAAAUAA